AACAACUCAGUGUGUUUUCGCUAGUGCCACCGCGCGACGAGUUCAAAGGCGAGCGAUGCAAUUGUGCGAUUUCUGAAUACGAUAUAUUUUUUCUUUUUUUUUUUGUUUACUCCGACGUCAGUAUGUGGAGGUGCUUUCUUUUCUUAGUGUUUUUAGUGCACACUUUCUCUAGCGCGCAGGUUGAGUCAGAGCGAGACAAGCGUGGUGUGUUUACAAAGAACUACUUCGGCGGCGUGUGGGGGAACCGACCGCCAUUGAUGGAGUACCGGCAACCAGCACCGAAGUGCUCGUGCAAAUGUGGUGAAAGGAAUGAAGAAUCGCGUAUAGUUGAUGGCGUGGAAGCAGGAAUCAACGAGUUUCCAUGGAUGGCAAAAUUGACUUAUUUCAAGCGAUUCUACUGUGGAGGGAUGGUCAUAGCUGACAGAUACGUCCUCACCGCGGCGCAUUGUGUUAAAGGCUUUAUGUGGUUUAUGAUAAAGGUGACAUUCGGUGAGCACAACCGAUGCAAUGCCACAGUGAGGCCCGAGACCCGCUUCGUGGUCCGCGUCAUCGCACAAAACUUCACCCUCCCCAAUUUCGACAACGACAUCGCUUUACUGCGCCUCAACGAGAAAAUCCCUCUGAGUGGGUCUAUCAAACCGAUUUGCUUGCCUAAGAGUAACCAAAAUCUAUACGUGGGCGCCAAAGCAGUUGCAUCUGGAUGGGGCACAUUAACUGAGGAAGGCAAAGUGUCAUGUACUCUACAAGAAGUGGAAGUUCCAGUAUUAAGUAACCAGGUGUGCAGGAACACAAAGUACUCGGCAUCUAUGAUAACUGACAACAUGCUCUGUGCUGGCUACCCUCAGACUGGAGGAAAGGAUUCUUGUCAGGGCGACAGCGGUGGUCCACUCAUCACCGAGAGAAAGUCCGACAAGCGGUACGAGUUAAUAGGUGUGGUUUCAUGGGGUAAUGGGUGUGCUCGUCCGGGGUACCCCGGAGUGUACACGAGAGUUACCAACUAUUUGAACUGGAUCCGAGCGAACACUCAAGACGCUUGCUAUUGUAGUAAUUAGAUCGGAGUACAAACACAUUUAUACGCAGACAAUGAUUUCAUACAAACAUUUACAAAAACAUAAUUGAAAAACGACUUUUUUUGCAUUAAAAAGUUUGAUUCACAAUUUUUACUAAUUUGAUACCUUUAUAAAAUUUGAAUGCAGGCAAAUGUUUUUAUUCAGGUGACUUUUAAAUUUUAACAAAUAAACCGUCCCGUGAAGCCUCACGAGCCUAUGCCUAUUGUAAACCUGUCACUGAAUAUAGUAAAAUAAUAUUUAAGUAAAAGUUAAAAACUGAAACAUAUUUACUGUGUGAUUAACAGUAUGUUUUUAAAUUAUUUAUAGUACUAAACCCGCAUUUUUGACUAUAUUUAUCAUCAGUAAAUAAAGGGUUUUCUUAUUUAAAUGCUCUUAAUAGUGAACGGAAUCCAUUCAUGCAUAUAAAUACUAAAGUCUGUAAAUUAUUAUCUCAGUUUUUACGAAUUAACCAUUUUAAGAAAAUCAUUUUGUAGAAAGAGUAUUAAAUCAGAUGAAAAUACGUAUUCAUGAAUCCGAAACUCACGCGAGUAUGUAGGCAAACUCCACUUAUGUAUAUUUAUUUUAUUUUGAUAUAUAAGUAAAAUUAAAAUAAAUAUACAUUGUAGUCAUUUUAAGUAAAAUACAUUACAUGCCAUUAUUGUAAAUAGCGUAUAUUUGUGUUUAGUCCCUGAAAAAUAUUUUAAAACAUCUAUCUGCGAUAAAAAACUUACCAUUUAUUAUGAAAACAUAAAACUAGUUGAUUGUUUUUUAUUGAUAGAAUUAUUAUAGGAUAUCGACGUUAUUACUAGAAUAGAGUUGAUAAAGACUUCUCGAUGUCAUUAAUAAUAACUUGUAAUGAAACGAAUACGAAUAUAUUAGUAAGUCAAUUAACUCGUGUAAAUAAAAAAAUGCGCAAAUCGUUUGAUUUAGUGAUAUUACUUUAAACGAUGAUUAGUUUUUGUAUAAACUUAGAUUAACGUCAUUUUAAUGCACUAAGUCCUAUAUCAACCAUAUUAAUUAUUUGACCUAGAUUCUCUUUUUGCUGAAUAUGUAAUAUAUUUUUUAAUUAUUAUUUAUAAUAGAUAUUGGAUAUCUUAUUAAUAUAAUAAAUACAAUACGUAAUGGUAAUUUUGAUAUAGUACUCUGGCAUUAAAAAUGAAUCUUGGUUCCAUGUUUAUAAAUCAAUUCCAUUGUAACAAAUCAAUAUAUUUAUUAAUUUUAUUGUAUUUAUAAAUUGUACCAAAAAAUAUAUCAAUAGUUAGAUAUAUUUUAUAUUAUUUUGGACUGUUAUAAGUAUUUAUAAGUCGCGAAUUAUACGUAAUUAUGCCAUAUUAUUUAAGGCUUAGAUAUUAAGUGUAUGGAAUUGUAAAAAAAUAUAAAUAAAGUACCUCAGAUUUAUGGUUUUA